CAGAAACAGCGAUUCCUGCCGAGCGGCGGAUUUUUCCUUCAUCUUCACCCAACAACAACAUCAACAUCCCGGUAACCGAGCGGGGAGAGCGGCGGCGCACCGGGAUACAGCAGCGUUCACAUCAGGGGGGUCGCGUUUAUCCGAGCGGAAGGACGCAGAGGAGCAGCCGGGAGCAGGAGCCAGGAAUUCAGUACAGGAGAGUGAACUCCAGAAUGUUCUGCAGGGGAAAACAGAUCUGAAUGUGCACGCGUUCAGUGAAAUCCAGAAGAUUGCCGAGCAUGAGCAGGUGAAGAGUGAGUAUGAGCGGCUGUGGGAGGCUCUGUGUUCAGUGACCGUGGAGAGAGAUUGUGCUCUGUGGGAGAGGACUCAGCUCCUAGCCAAACUGGAGAACCUAGAGCAGGUGCUGAAGCAUAUGCGCGAGGCUGCUGAGAGGAGGCAGCAGUUAGAGUUGGAGCAUGAACAGGCCCUGGCCGUCCUCAGUGCCAAGCAGCAGGAGAUUGAACUUCUGCAGAAGGCUCAGGUUGAGGCAAAGAAGGAACAUGAAGGAGCCGUCCAUUUAUUAGAGAAUCACUUGGACAGCAUGCAGGCUAAGGUGAAGGAGUUAGAGGAGCGAUGUCGGACCCAGAGUGAACAAUUUAAUAUGCUUUCUAAAGAACUGGAGCGUUUUAGACUGCAGGCAGGGAAGCUGGACCUGCUCACCACCAGCCAGCUAACAGGGGAGGAAGUGCCCGACUCGCCCACUAAAACAUCACUAUGUUCGCUGCUUAAUGGCCUGGGCAAGGGCAGCGACCGUUCCCUGAGCAAGUCGCUCUCAGAAUUUAUUCGACCUCUACAGAUGAGUGCAACAGAGAAAGCAGAGAUGCUGGGAGUCAAACCCAGCUACCUGUCCCGGAGCACGCCCUCCAGCCCCCGUCGAGCCUGCCUCUCUGAGGUCCGACCCAUCUUCACUGCUGCUAUGGAGAGAGAGCUCAACCUGUCUCCUCGGGCCAAGCCCAGGUACACCAACAAAGUCCGGCUGUGCGUCGCCCGCUAUAAUUAUAACCCUUACGACGGCCCCAACGACCACCCUGAGGCCGAACUCCCUCUGGUGGCUGGGAAAUACCUUUAUGUUUACGGGACCAUGGAUGAAGACGGCUUCUAUGAAGGGGAGCUGUUGGAUGGCAAUCAAGGCCUUGUCCCCUCCAACUUUGUGGAAUUUGUCCUAGAUGACUUCCCGUCAUCCUCGAAAGAACCACCCUACCUCAACUUCACUCUGAACCACAGCAGCAGUCCAGCCUCGGUGCCCAGCAGUGCUGUGAGCACGCUCAGUACGCUGCUCUCUGAGAAACUGGAGUCCCUGAGCUCCUGCACGGGCACGGGUACGAGCAGCAGCAGUGGUGUCAGCAGCAUGGGAAUGGGCAUCGAUCUGGGCAUCAUGGGAAGCGAGCCUCUGACCUCCACAGGCACAGCCAUGCUGGACGUGAGCGUGGAUGAGGUCGGAGAAGACGUAGUGCCUUACCCUCGGCACCUGGCGCUCAUCAAGCAGCUCGCAAAAAGCGUCAUCGUGAGCUGGGAGCCUCCGCUGGUGCCACCCGGUUGGGGCUUCAUCAUUAGCUACAACGUACUCGUGGACCAGGAAGUGCGUGCCACAGUGCCACUAAGUGCCCGCUCCAAGUUCCUGAUAGAAAAGCUAAACCUGGCAUCGCACGCCCAUCGCAUUUCAGUGCAAAGCGUGACAGAGAGGGGUGUCUCGGACCCUCUGAGAUGCACGCUGAUGGUGGGGAAGGACGUCACGGUGGCACCGUGCCAGCUGCGAGUAGACAACCUAGCACAGAAUUCGGCUGAGCUCACGUGGAUGCCCAGCAACAGCAACUACAGUCACACGGUGUAUCUGGAUGGAGCCGAGUACGAUGUGGUGAAACCGGGAGGAUACAAGUACCGCUUCUACAACCUCAAGCCAAUGACGGUGUGCAAGGUGCGUGUGUUGGCACAGCCACAUCAGAUGCCUUGGCAUCUGUCGCUAGAGCAGAGGGAGAAGAGGGAGAUCUCGGUGGAGUUCUGCACGCCGCCUGCCGGUCCUCCAUAUCCUCCUCAAGAUGUGCACGUUCUCUGUGGAACAUCUCCAGGGGUCCUGCAGGUGCGAUGGAAGCCUCCAUCACUUACAGCCAGUGGCACCUCCAAUGGAGCCAACGUCAUCGGCUAUGUGGUUUGCACCAAGGGUCAAAAGAUUGCUGAGGUAAUGUUACCCACAGCAGACUACGUGACGGUGGAGGUGAAUCGCAUCCAGGGUUUGGAGGCGCACGAGGUCGUGGUCCGCACCAUCUCAGCUGAAGGCGAGUCGCAGGACUCCAACGCUGCCACCAUCCCAUAUAACCUUCUGCCUUCCUCAUCCCAGUCUCGCCCUCACCCGCCCCCAUAUCCCCAUAACUACCCCCAAAGCUUUCCUCACCCACCGCCACCCCCACCUCACACGCAGCCCCAUCAUCCAAUCCCACAACCCCACGUCCACCCUCCACCACCUGCUCAGCAGUUCCCGAAACCCAAACUCCUUCCAAGUGCCCGAGACAUCCACACCAAAGAGCCGGAUCCAGGCAGGAGGCAGUGCCAGCCCUGGGAGCCUCACCCACGGGCACCGUCACCACUGCCACCCUCUACUGCCACCGGUCACGGCCUGGAGCCUCCGCCACCUCAUCUGCACACGCACCCAAGGAUUCUACCCCAGCCUCAGGGGGCACCCAUCUCCAACACAGUGGCACGCGCCAUGGCACGGCAGGCAGCACAAAGACACAGUUCCAACAAUAAGACGGAACGGAGGAACAUCUUCAGUGAAAGGAGUACUGCUCUUCACUCUGAUGAAGAAGAAGACUACGAUUCACCCUGUAUCAGACGGAGAGGAGCCUCGGUGGACGACUUUCUCAGGGGCUCUGAAAUGAGCAGACAUCAUCACCCCUGCAGUCACAGUGAGGAGUACUACACGGAGAGCAGUCGGGGAUCAGAUCUGUCCGAUAUCAUGGAGGAGGAUGAGGAGGAGCUGUACUGUGAGAUGCAGCUGGAGGAAGGUCGGCGGCGCAGCAUCAGCUCACACAACACACUGAAGCUUUUAGGGAACUCCUCGUCCAGGGGCCGCUCGGACCGACUGGACCCAUCUGGCCAUAGGACAAGUCACGGCUGUCCUCCCCCACAUAGAAGACCAAUGAUGGUUCCUUCUAUUGAAAUCACAAUGGAGAAUAACAGUGAAGGGAGUGAGGGGAACUUCUCACCUGUCAAGGACGAUGUUUACUAUGGCAGUGUAGCGCACGGCAGGAAAUGGGCCCCCCAGCGAUCAGAGCAGCGAUAUGAUGGUUAUGGUGGACGGGGCAAACGCUCUCCAGACUACUAUGAGGAGAUGGAUCCAGAUAUCCUGACCCGGGUUUUUGUAGCGCUGUUUGAUUAUGAGCCGCAGUCCAUGUCACCCAACCCUGACGCUGCAGUGGAAGAACUUCCCUUUAAAGAGGGACAGAUCAUAAAGGUGUUUGGAGAAAAGGACACGGACGGUUUCUACAGAGCGGAGAUACGUGGACGGAGAGGUCUCAUCCCCUGUAACAUGAUUUCUGAGGUGGAGACAGAGGACAACGACAUGAUGGACCAACUUAUCAAACAGGGCUUCCUGCCACUCAACACACCUGUUGAAAGAAUAGUGAACUAUGAUCGGUUCAUGGACGGGCGAAUGCUAAACCGCAGGGCUCGAAAAUCCAAAAGAGAGAGGAACAGGAGAAGUGGACGACACCCGAUGUCCACACGUCGGAUGGUGGCUCUGUAUGAUUACGACCCCAGAGAGAGCUCUCCCAACGUGGAUGUGGAGACUGAGCUGACCUUCUGUGCCGGAGAUGUGAUAGCAGUGUUUGAAGAGAUUGAUGAAGAUGGAUUUUACUAUGGGGAGCUGAAUGGGCACAGAGGCCUGGUGCCCUCCAACUUUCUGGAAGAAGUGCCUGACGACGUGGAGGUUUUUCUCUCCGAACCGCAGGAGCAUCCGAGCAGGACCAAGAGCAAAAGGGUACACCCUGUUUCACAGCACUAGCCCCUUCGUUCAUUCAUACACUUGCUCUAUCUCUUUAUUUUAACUCUCCUGUCGGCACUCGGUUUUUCCUCCUCUCCUGUUCGUCUGUGUUUUGUGUUGCGUGGCGGCUGUUUUUUUUUUUUUUUUUUUUUUUUUUUGGUGUAAUAAAGAAAUAAUGAAGAUAAAGCAGAUACUAAAACUGCUUGUUAUCAAGAUGUGCCACUCAUUAUGUCAAAACGUGUAUAAAAUACUUGGGGAAAGAAAAUAUGUGUUAUGAAAAUUAAAUGGUCUUUAUAAAGCAAAAUGUAAGAAAAUGUACAGAAUGACUUCGCAAUGUUCAUGAUUAUAAUAUUAUUAUUAUUAUUAUUUGUAAAUAGAGGGAUAAAGCAGCACAGAGUCUUAAUUAUAUUUCUUGAUUAUUAUAAAAGAGGAUUUAUGAAUGAGUGUGAUCUGAAAACUACUUUCUAAUAGAGGCAAUAGUUUUGAUGUACAGAGAGAUGUCAUGUAGAAAUGCAUGCCCCCUUUGUCCGAAAUGCUCGACUUUCUCCAUACAUUUUUAUAUUAUGCAAAAGAUUCAGACAGAAAGUCAGAAAAAAAACAUUUUGUAUGUUUCCAAAGUAAUUUGUCUUUUGUAUAUUGCUGAUAUUUAAGACGUCCGAGC